CACCUCGACAACAGACAUCCACUUCAUUUCAAACAUGGAAUCAAUUCCGAUGAAUACCGGGUCCUAUUGUGGCACAAACGCUUCGGUUCAGACGACUGGUCCCGUCUAGAUCUCAAGACAUUGAACUGUAAUUUUAGUAAUUGUCUGCUCACUGAAGACAAGUCACAACUGGAUUCAGUGGACGCCGUGUUCUUCCACUGGUGGGACAUUAAUCCAUCCGAUUUGCCACACAAUCACAUCCCCGGCCAGAAGUGGAUCCUUUAUAACUGGGAACCACCGGUCUAUACACGGAAAUUGAAGGGCAGAGCCAUUGCUGACCAAAUAGAUUGGGUUAUGAGUUAUCGCACGGAUUCAGACAUAUAUGUGCCGUACGGGUCAGUCAUCCCGUGUGAUAAUAAGUGGCAAAAUGAGGAUCUGUUUGAUGGAAAGAAUCGGAGUGUGGCGUGGAUUGUGUCCAACUGUCACUCGGAUGGCAACAGAGAGGAAUAUGUAAGGGAACUGGUUAAGUAUAUCGAUAUCGAUAUCUACGGAGGUUGUGGUCAAUACCAGUGCCCGAGAGAUGAUUCUUGUCUUCAGAUGAUUGAAAAGAAAUACAAAUUUUAUCUCUCAUUUGAAAAUUCUGUGAACUGGUUAAGUAUAUCGAUAUCGAUAUCUACGGAGGUUGUGGUCAAUACCAGUGCCCGAGAGAUGAUUCUUCUCUGCAAAGACUAUGUGACGGAGAAGUUGUUUCAUAUCGCACAAUACAAUAUCAUUCCCGUAGUGUACGGUUCGGCAAACUAUUCGCAAAUAAUGCCAAAGAAUUCAUACAUAAAUACCGCUGAUUUUGGUUCACCUCAAGAGUUGGCAAAUCAUCUGAAGGAGAUCUCGAGUGAUAAGCAAAAGUACAACUCGUAUAUGAAUUGGAAGAAUACUUAUUGCUCUCAAAUGACUUAUUAUAAGUACUUCUGUAGUCUCUGCAAAGACUAUGUGACGGAGAAGUUGUUUCGUAUCGCAGAAUACGAUGUCAUUCCCGUAGUGUACGGAUCGGCGAACUAUUCGCAAAUAAUGCCAAAGAAUUCAUACAUAAAUACCGCUGAUUUUGGUUCACCUCAAGAGCUGGCGAACCAUCUGAAGGAGAUCUCGAGUGAUAAGCAAAUGUACAACUCGUAUAUGAAUUGGAAGAAUACUUAUUGUUCAAAACAGACUCAUUAUAAGUACUUCUGUAGUGUUUGUCAAGAAUUGAAUGUCAAUUCAAAUGUGAAUUCAACGAAACACUGGAAUAAAGACGAUCUGAUUAACUGGUUCUAUAGGGACGCCAAUUGUCUCCAUCCCACCAAUGAUUCAUUUACUUCAGUGCCUUGAUCAAAUUGUAUUUAUUUAUAAGAGAUGAAUAUAUAAAUGUUUAAUUGACUUGAAAUCAAGCAAUACAUUCAUUGUGCGCUUAAUUUCUUAUUUAAAUGCAAACAUUAUUUAAUACUUUUCCGACAUUUCUUAACAUCUUAUAAGCCCUGAAGAAGGUCUCAAUGAAAGCCGAAAAGGUUGACAUCAUUUAUCAUUUUACCGGUAGUUUCACUGAAAAUAAACUUGAACAAAGUAUUUGAAAAACAAGU